GUGGAAGUUUGACGUGUGGGAAGAGGAAAAGGCUAUAGUGACGGACGAGCCGACCUGACACUGGAAGCCGGCGAGCUGAGUUGGGCAUUCGGGAGAAACACCGGGAUCUAUGGCAGUCCGAGGCAUGAACCUGUGCAGUAUUUGUGGUCUGAUCCUGUAUUUCGUCGCGGCCGUGUUUGCAGGACGUGAUUUCUACAAGAUCCUGGGUGUAAGCAGGUCUGCGUCCGUCAAGGAUAUCAAAAAAGCGUACAGAAAGCUGGCCUUGCAGCUUCACCCGGACAGGAACCAAGAUGAUCCAGACGCUCAAGACAAGUUUGCGGACUUGGGGGCUGCCUAUGAGGUGCUAUCUGACGAAGAAAAAAGGAAGCAAUACGAUCAAUAUGGAGAGGAAGGGCUGAAGGAAGGACACCACAGCUCCCACGGUGACAUCUUCUCCAGCUUCUUCGGAGACUUUGGUUUCAUGUUCGGUGGAAACCAGAGGCAGCAGGACCGGAACAUCCCCCGGGGCAAUGACAUCGUGCUGGAUCUGGAGGUCACCCUCGAAGAGGUGUAUUCUGGGAACUUUGUAGAAGUCGUGCGUAACAAGCCGAUCGCCAAAGAGGCCCCUGGGAAGAGGAAAUGCAACUGCCGACAGGAAAUGAGGACGACGCAGCUGGGGCCCGGGCGCUUCCAGAUGACACAGGAAGUGGUCUGCGAUGAGUGCCCCAAUGUCAAGCUGGUGAACGAGGAGAAGACCCUGGAGGUUGAGAUUGAACAGGGCGUGAGAGAUGAGAUGGAGUAUCCCUUCAUUGGAGAAGGAGAGCCUCAUAUCGACGGAGAACCAGGAGAUUUGCGCUUCCGCAUUAAAGUCAUGAAGCACCCUGUGUUUGAGCGCAGGGGAGAUGACCUUUACACCAAUGUCACCAUCUCCCUGGUGGAGGCGCUAGUGGGCUUCGAGAUGGACAUCAAACACCUCGAUGGGCACAAGGUUCACAUUGUGAGAGACAGGAUCACCAAACCCGGAGCCAAACUGUGGAAGAAGGGGGAGGGCCUGCCCAACUUCGACAACAACAACAUCCGUGGCUCGCUCAUCGUCACCUUCGACGUAGAGUUCCCCAAAGAUCAGCUGGACGAGAAAGAAAAACAGGAUGUCAGGCAGCUGCUGAAACAAGCAUCGACGCAGAAGGUUUAUAAUGGACUACAGGGGUACUAGCACAUCAGAGAACUUCAGGACUCUUCCCAAACGCACACUCACUGACACAUGGAUUCGCAGAAACGAGCAUUGGGGUGUAUUUAUUAUUCAUAGACUGUACUCAGGAUGGGUUGUCUUAUUGUUUGCAUUUUCCUUUUUAAUAUUUUGAAAUGUAAAAAGAACAAGGAAAAAAAACUUUUUUUUUUGUUUUGUUUUUUUAUUUUCUUAUUUUUGUUUUAAACCCCCCAGUACUUUAUCUACCUUUCUUGAAAUGGACAAUUGUUGGAGGCAACAUGUGUAUCUUUUUAAGAAAAAUGUAAUUCCCCAACUGGAAUUUUUAAAUAGAUUGUGCUUCCCAGCUUCAGUUUGUACAGGGAGAAAUCUGUCACACUACAGACACAGGCCGUUCUAGAAGGAACUUGCAUUUCCACUGAGCUGCCCGCUCUCAGCUGAACUGGACUGGACUGAAGAGUUGAACUCCAAUCGAGAUGUAGGACUGAGCCUUCAGAAUCUAGAGUCUUGGUCAACGCCUGCUUUCGGAAUGAUCCGAGAAUGGGACUUUGAAAUUAUUUUAUUUCUUUAUUAUUAUUACUAUUUUCUUUUUCCCACAAUUUUUUCUUUUGGGACCGUUAACCCAAGAGAAAAUGUGGAACUUGGCUUGCAUUUUCUUUUUCCACUUCACGGUUGUACAAAUUCCAUUUCAAAUUCUGAAGCCAGGAGGUUUUUUUUUUUUGGGUUUUUUUCAGUCUUAAUGAUCUCUCUGUUGUUCCUGUGACUGAAUCUUGACUGUGCUCACCAUUGUGUUUUGUGCUUCACGUUUUAUUUUUUCUUCUUUUUUUUUUCCAGUCUUUCUUUUUUUUGGUCCAUUUUUCGGCUGCCUUUACCUUUUACAACAGCCUAGAUCUCUUUCAUCUGGACUGCAUCUGACAGAAAGGGACUCUGUAGUGAACAAACAACCAUUUUCUAGAAUGUGCUGUUGGAAGGUGGUAGGUUGGCGGGUGGGGGGUAAUUUUCCAAUCCAAACUUCAAUAAAAAAUGUAUUAUAAUA